AUGACCAUGCCAGCGAAGCGGAAGCAAGGUGGUACUGGUCGCCCUCGUCCCAGUCCUCCAUCGUUGAACAAAGCCUCCCCACCAAGCGAGCGCCAAUUCUACGCGUGUUGGCCAACAAGCGUCGAAGCUCCACGUAGCAGCGCAUUCGAUCGCGAGCCCCCUAAACAGCCAGAUGCAAGUGAAAAUAAACUCUCAAUGGGUGUGGAGUUGCUCACCCGCUGACCAAGCUCAGUCGUCAUCUGCCUGCAACAGUCACCACCGUCACGGGUCCCACCGUCGCCCGGCGCACCCUCGCAUUCACCUCGAUCGUCAACUUCCACGCGCUCGCGCCCGCCCUCGCCGGCAGCACUUUUGCGAUCAUCCGAAUCCUCUCCACCCCUGCGCUCGUCGUCGUCACCAUCGCAUCCGGACGGGCGCCAAGAUCGAGGCCAGGCCCAGGCCGACCCCGCGGUCCCACGCUCUCCGUCGAAGUUGCCGAGCAUCAUGACGCGCUGUCCGACGACGGCAAGCGGCGCCCACCCCUUCCACGGUGACCGUGACCAGCGCGACCAGCGUGACCAGCGUGACCAGCGUGACCACCUCAAUUACCCGCAUAUGAUGCAUAUGAUGCCUGCGACCGCGAGCAAUGCGGCGCCCGAAAGUGUGGUCGAAGCUCUCAUUUCGCCUGCGCUGGACUGUGAAGAUGACCAAUUCUUCAUCCAAGAGGAGAUCGUUCCCCGCGUCGUCGUGUGCAAUACCCCCGGUUUGGUGUAUUCGGUCUGUCGGAUGGAGCAAGCACGGUUCAAGGCACGCGUGCAAGAAGUUCAGAAGCGCCCCAAGCGAGUCCUGAGCAGACUGAGAGACGAUUUCAAACACGACUGCCAACGACCUGCGAGCCAAACAAAGGCAGAUUGGGUUUGGCCACUUGCGAAAUAGGUAAGCAUCUUUCAGCCACGACUAUCCAGAUUAUGCGUGGCAUACGACGAUGCUGAAUGCUGCGCUCGCUAUCCGAUCUCGAACCAGGCGACUUUCGGUGGCGGACAACAGAAGGGUUUGACGAUUGCACAAGCGCAAGAACACCCUCGAUUGACUGAAGAAGGUGCACGCCACACGGACCUCAAACUCACUCAACCUCACCAUUUCUUGACGUGCUGCGAGCAGAUGGCCGUGAAGAAGAAAGGGCAGGCUGCCGCCCGUGGUAUGCUGGUGCCGAUCCGUUUCGGCAUGCUUCCGCAGGGGGGCCAUGCAAAGCGAACGACGUUUUUCACGUCUCCCCUGGUCGAGGUCGUGCUCGACUUGGCGCAACAUGCACUCAGGCAACCAACUCGCAUGUAUUCGCCGGGCCUGGCCAUAACCCAAACCGCGGCUUACCUCGUUGUGCUCGACCAUGAGGCGUGUCGGAUCGCGACCAUCUCGGAUUGUUGGGGUGAGGGCUCUGGCGAGUUGGGGGUCGUCCUUUCCAUUCUGUUUUGCCUGGAUGUCUACUCGGCAGGGUUCAACCCGCUCUUCCGCUACGCAUGCCACUCCAACAGCGGCAUCAAGCCCGCGUCAUUCUUGGCUUCUUGCCUUCGUCCGCCUGAGCUCGAAGAGGGAGCUCCCCUCGUCGGCCGUACCGUCGGGUUCAUCGACGAGGAACCCAUCGAGCUCGUCCACUCCACACUCAGGGACGGCGGGUCCAUCUUCAGCCGUAGCACACUCGUUUUGCAGCUGACCCGACCAAACUUGGUCGCGCCGGCGGGCUCGGCAUCUUCGCCGUCAAACUCCACACCGUCCUUUGUGCUCAAGGUUCAAUACAACACGCUCAACUAUGUUGGCCACGAGGCGACCGUGCUGCAAAAAAUUGAGGAGCGUUGUGCGUCCAUCGCGUCGCCGGAAGAGUCGUCGUUGAUCUUCAACCACAUUUCUCUUCUCGAAAAGCCCAAGUCGUUUGGCCUCCAUUACUCGCAAAUAAAGGACGAGGACUUGCCAGUGCGUCAAGACGGGCAAGAUGCUCAUCAGCGAGUGCUACGACGCAAGCUGGACCUCCUCAUUCUACGCAACCCCACUCCUCUACCUACCCGGGUCCACGGACACCGACAUUGUCGCCAUCCGAUGAGCGACGCCUUUUAUGUCUUGGAUCGGCUCUUCACCUUGUUGCCGGUUCUCUACGAUCUUGGUAUCCAUCAUCGCGACUUGUCGCUCGGCAACAUCCUCCACCACCGAGGACACCUUGUCCUGGUCGACUGGGACUCGGGCAUCGUUGCACCGCCGGGUGAACUCGUUCGCCUCGCCGCCGAGGAUUGUGGGUCCGCCAGAGUAACCCUCGAUACGGCAUCUUCAGGCACGCUUUUCUGGCUCCUCACGAAACGGGACGAGGCUGUGGCAGAGCGCGAUCUGGGUGACGACCUCGAGUCCGUGGUCUACUGGUUCUUCCACAUUGUGGGCUCGUUUCUUGAAUUCCUGAGUCCACCCACCUGGUCGGCAUGGAAUUUAUUGUACCUAACAUGGAACCGUGGGUUGCCGGCUUGGAGCCUCUAUACGCUGCACGCCUGGAUCUCUGGGGCGACAUUGUUUCUGAUAGUCAGGAACGAGUGGACCUCCUCAGCGCCAUGUACAGGCUCAGUCCGGUGGAAGGCCGAUUGCUCGCCAUGCUCACGCGCAAAAUCCCCGACUUUCCCAUGGGUUCGGUGCAGACCAAAGAGGAGAUGGCGAAGAUGCAAGUCAAGAUGAGAAAAAUAUGUUGA